AUGGCCCCAGCAUCUGCGCCGAGCAUCAAUGCCACCCUCUCCGGGGAGAGCCCGUGGGCUUCCCUCCACGUCCUUAUUCUGCCCUUGUUCAACCGCGAACAACUCAGGGUACAGAUAGAGGACCUGAACCAGCUUGUCAAACGCCACAUCUCGACAGUCGUUUCUAUGGCGCCAGGCAAGGCCGUCGCCACCCUCGAGCACGAUACCUUCGAGCUCAUCGCGACUGGCAUGGUCACACUUAACUCCAAGCUCUCGGGUGUGGAGGACGACAAGCUGGUGCCACGCGUCGUGGAACUUUGGACGUUCUUCUGGACGCAGGUAUUGCCCUACCUUGAAGGCGUGCGUGCCGGAAAUCCUUUUUGCCCUUGCGCUUGA